UAGAUUUUUAUUUAUUUAUUUAUCCUUUUUUUAUUUCACUGUACUAAUCUGUAAUAGUUUGUUAGCAGUUUUGUGUUUUUGUUUUUUUUAACAAUGAUGCUGUUUGCAGGAUUUUUUUUACUUUUCCAUUUCUCUCUCUCACACCCUCUCACUAACUACUCUCCAUCCCUCCAUGAUUCCUCUCCGGUAUUGGCCUACGGCGAUCAAGUUCGGCAGAGACACCUGUAUGUGGAAAAUAAAGACAACAGCCUGUUUGUUGAGAUUUUACUCAACGGCACAGUGUCAGUAGCUCAGAGUCCGACACCUUACACGGUGUUAGAGCUAAAAGCCGUAAAACCAGGUUACACAGCGAUUCGGGGUGUGAGGUCAUCGCUGUACCUGUGUCUGAAUGCAGACGGUCACUUAUUUGCUCUGGGUGUGUUUCUAGAUGCUGAUUGUUCCUUCAGAGAGAUGGUACAGCCUACUGGUUACACUCACUUCCUGUCUGCUCACCACAGACUUCCUGUUUCCCUCAGUAUGAAAGGUUCUCAUGGGAAACACACUCUCAGUUUCUCUCAGUUUCUACCAGUCAGAACCCAUCUGUUUAUGGAGAUACAAGGAUAUGAAGAGACAUCGAGGUUUCUGACUGCUGCAGAUUUGGAUUCAGAUGAUCCUCUAAGACUGACAAACACACAUCAGGACCUGAGAAGUCCACUGUUUCACAUCGACCAAUAAGAUUGCAGAUCAGAUCCUAAAGACUUUUUUAUUUUAAAAGUU